CUUCCUCCAUGCUGCGCGCCGUUGGAGUUGCUGAGGCGAUGGAUGCGUCCGUGUGGCGGGUGCCGCCGCCGCCGCCGCCGCCUUUUCCUGACUGGGCCUCGCAAGGCCACUGGCUUCCUUCCCCUCCUCCUCCUCCGGGGCCGUGGCCUCCUCCUUGGUCCCAGCCGCCAGGUGCGUCGCCCUUCGGCCGGCCUCGCACGUGCGGAACUCGCCGCCUCGGGACGGCCUUGCUCCGCUCGGGGCUUUCUUGCGCCCGGCUUCGGGGCAGGGCCUUGCCAGUCGCGGCUUCCCCGCCCGCCUCGUGGAAACUCCGCAGCGUAGCUCUGGAUCAGCCAGGAUUGCGGAGCGGCGGAGCCCGAGUAUAGAGCCGCAAUAGUCAUCGGAUUCAUUUCGUCCUUGGCAAAUAGGAGAGGGGUGGGUUGGCGUGUGUCCCUCCCCUAGGGCCGGAUUUAGGUUUGAUAAGGCCCUAAGCUACUGGAGGUAAUGGGGUCCUUUAUAUGUACAGCUGUGCUUUAUCAACAACAAAUUGUCGCUGGUUUUUUUUGUUGAAUUUAUGGACCUAAUGGAUAUCUAAAGCCAUUUGCACAUGUUGCCAUGCCACCAGUCCAUGCAGCAUGUUGUUGUUUAGUCGUGUCCGACUUUUCGUGACCCCCUGGACCAGAGCAUGCCAGGCACUCCUGUCUUCCACUGCCUCCCGCAGUUUGGUCAAACUCAUGUUAGCAACUUCCAGAACACUGUCCAACCAUCUUGUCCUCUGUCUUCUCCUUGUGCCCUCCAUCUUUCCCAACAUCAGGGUCUUUUCCAGGGAGUCUUCUCUUCCCAUGAGGUGGCCAAAGCAUUGGAGCCUCAGCUUCAGGAUCUGCCCUUCCAGUGAGCACUCAGGGCUGAUUUCCUUCAGAAUGGAGAGGUUUGAUCUUCCUGCAGUCCAUGGGACUCUGUAGGCACCCUAUAUAUAGAAAUGAGCAAACCAGUGGUAUUUUAGGGAGCAGGCUGGCAAGUGGGGCCCAUUACUUACAUCAUAGGAGCCUACGCAACACAAAACACUGUUUUUGUAUGUAGGUUUUAUUUUAUUUGUUUUUUAUCUUAUAUUUUGGAAAUGUACAUCCAUUUUUCCCCUUUGAAUUUUUUUUGGGCCCCCAAGAGAGUGGGGCCCUAAGUUAUAGCUUGUUUAGCUUAUAUGUAAAUCUGGCACUGCCCCCCCACUUCUUCCUUCAUCACCCCACCCCCUUAUUUCAGAAGUGAAAAACUCAAAUAAUAGAAGGGGUGUGUUUAAGCAAAAAGAGAGAGAGAAAACGGCUGGCAGGCAUGGCUGCUGUGGGAAGGGAAUCGAGGAAGAGUUGGGGGUGUUGCUUUGCUGAUGUUGUUUUUUGACAUCUAUAUUCUCAAGUUUUCUUGGUUCCAUUUGUGAGUAUUCCAUUCUUAUGUAAUGAGCAUUGGAAGGCUGCUUUGGAAAGGUCUGGGACCCUCCCCACAAUUAUAUAGGAGGAACUGCUCUUAGAAUUAUAUGUCUACUGCCCCUCCCUCCCUCUUCUCACAGCCCCUCUUCCAAAUAAUCUACUUUCCCAUCUCCAGUCCAAUGCAGAAUUAAACCAUUUCACUGAAACAUUUAAAUAAGCAUCUACGUAUAAAAAGCACAGUAAAGCCAAGCGCAUUGGACAGUUAGGAGUUAAAACAGCAAUUUAAACAAUUCGAAAUCAGCAGGGCUGCUUUUCAUGUUCUAAUCUGAUUGUACAGUUGACAACUAUUUUGCGUGGGUUUAGUUCCUGGCCCCCACAUGUCAGCGGAGCGCAUAUAAGUGCAUCCAGCUCUGUUAUGCACUUUUCAUUAUAUUUUUGGUUACCUGUGCGCACAUGCAUGAUCACUUGCCUGUUUAAAUUCUUCAUACUUCAUGUUCCAGUUAAAUGAAAUUCACCACAUUGUUAUACCACAAGGUUUCUGCCAGUGAUGACCCCAUGUUUCCCUGGGGGUGCCAGAUGCUGGUGUGGGAAGUAAUUAUGGGGCCUGGUUUCAGAUCCAUGUGAUCAGACUUUUCAUAUAUUAGCACUGGAGCAUAAAGCGCAAACAUGCCAAAUUAGCUUGCUAGUUUUAUCACUUGGUUGUAGCAGAAGAAUAAAGGUAAAGGGACCCCUGACCAUUGGGUCCAGUCGUGGCCGACUCUGGGGUUGUGGCGCUCAUCUUGCUUUAUUAGCCGAGGGAGCCGGUGUACAGCUUCCGGGUCAUGUGGCCAGCAUGACUAAGCUGCUUCUGGCGAACCAGAGCAGUGCAAGGAAACGCCGUUUACCUUCCCGCCAGAGCGGUACCUAUUUAUCUACUUGCACUUUGACGUGCUUUCGAACUGCUAGGUUGGCAGGAGCAGGGCCCGAGCAACGGGAGCUCACCCUGUCGCAGGGAUUCGAACCGCCGACCUUCUGAUCGGCAAGUCCUAGCUCUGUGGUUUAACCCACAGCGCCACCCGCGUCCCUUGAACAGAAGAAUAACAUUCAGCAAAUGGCCUGGGAUAGAAGAGUUCCCUAGGAAGAGGAGUUGUUCAGUCUGAGAACUGUAGCUCUGUGAGGGGCAUGGGGAGUCUCCUAACAACUCUCAGCCCCUUUAACAAACUAUUGUCACCAUGAUUCUUUGGGGGAAGCCAUGAUUGUUUUUAAAGUGGUAUGAUCCUGCUCUAAAUGGGUAAUGCAGAUGGGACCCUAGUCUGGCAGUUUUAACUAUUUAGUUGUGUUUAUAUGUAAUUUUACUUCACACACAAAUUGCAGUGUCCUAAUGGUUGAUGCAAAUAAAUAUCAGUAACUAUUUUGAUUUUUAAUUAAAGGCAGAAAUUUCCAUUUUGAUAGAGAAUGGCAAAUGGAACAAGCUGGAAUGCCACGUGCUGGAUCCUGUCAAGGCAGGAAUGGCAGACAGAAGGUAUUUAAUUGUAAAUUAGGGUUAAUAAAUUCUGAUGUCAAGCUUUGGACAUAUUUAUUAUUUCAUAUAUUUAUUAUUUAUUAAGUUUAUAUAGCACUCUUCAUCCGAAGAUCACAGGGCAGCUUAGAGCAUAAAAAUACAAAAUGAAAACACAAAUUACUUAAUAUAAUAACAGAAGCAAACAAGAAAAACUAUAAACCCUGCUCCCACAAACACAUUUAAAAGGCUAUAGAUUGCUUAAUCAGCCAGAUGCCUGAUCAUAGAGGAUAUGUAAUGAUGGCACAAGGUGAGUCUCCCUGGGAGGAGCAUUCCAUAAAUGGGGAGCUACCACAGAAAAGGCCUGUUCUUGUGUUGCCACCCUCUUGUGGAGGGGCCACAUGAAGAAGGGCUUCAGCUGAUGAUUGUGUGGUGCAGGUCACUUCAUAUGAGGAGAGGAGGUCUUUGAGUUAUGGCUGUCCUGAGCCAUAUGAGACUUUGUAGGUAAAAACCAACACUUUGAACGAGGCCCAGAAAUUUAAUAGGCAGCCUGUGUAGUUGGGCCAGGAUUGGUUUUAAAAUGUUUGGACCACCUAGCCCUAGUGAGCAACCUGACCGCUGAAUUCUGCACCACCUGAAGUUUCCAAACCGUCUUCAGAGGCAGCCCCUCAUUUAACAUGUCGUAUUCUAACCUAGAGGUUACCAGAGCAUAGAAAAGAGAAGUUAGAUGUAUUCAGACAUGAGAAUAUAAAUCAUGGCUUAUUAGAGGAACUAGUUGUAUCAAACCUUGGGCUCUUCCAUCCCUUCUCUUCCUUUGGCAUAACAAUAAGGAGAUUGCAAUAAAAAAUGGAAGUGAAAACUAAAUUAUAAAACAAAUUAUAGAAGUAUAAAACAGCACAAAGUUACAACCAUAAACAACUGUGAAAACAAUUAAAAACUUCCAUAUAUAAAAAGCAAUUCUAAUUCUGUUUUAAAAAUCACAUUGAUAAAUAGAUAAAAUAGUUCCAUUAUAAAUGCAGAACAGAAAAUUCAAAUGGAAAAUGUAAGCUGAGCUUUUUAAAAAUUUAAAUAAUAUCAACAAGCUCCACAGUAAACAUCCACUGCAUGUUUGUGUGUGUCCUGCUGCGGACCCUAGGGGUAUAUGUGGCAAACUUGCUUGCCACAUAGAACACAAGUCAGUACUAUUCAGUCCACAGCUAACCUGAAAUUUGAAUCUGGGACAUUUAAUGCUCCAUUCUUUCAGUCACGUCACCGUCAUUCUUUUUAGCUAUAAAAUACUGUGAAACACAAUACUUCAUCCCAAUUGUAAGCAUUGUUCUGCAGUGGUUCCAGUCCUAUUUGGACGAUCAUUUCCAGAGGGUAAUGUUUGGGUCAUGUUGUUCAGCCCCAUGGGCCUUUCAAUGUGGGGUUCCUUGUGGUUCAGUCUUAUCCCCCACAAUGCUUAACAUCUACAUGAAAACAUUGAGUGGGGGUCAUCCAGAGUUUUGGAGCAUGUUGUCAGCAAAAUGUUGAAGACACACAGCUCUAGUUCCUCCAAUGAUAAGCCAUGAUUUAUUGUCAUGUCUGAAUGCAGUGUCUGUGUCUGUGAGAUUAAAUGCAGUUUUUAGGUAGGCUCUGCAAAUUGACUGACUAGCAAUUGGAUCUGGCAGAUUUAGCACCUGUAUCUGAUACAAUAUUUUGCAUAAGUGGAAUGGCUCCUGACAAUUACUGUGUUGGUCAGGAUAAAUAUUAUUGUAAGUGAUUACAGUUAAUGUUUCCCUGCUCUGUUUGCAGAAUAGGAAGCGAAAAGAACCAGUUUAUACUCAUUAUUGUGAUACAUGUGAUCGUGGCUUUAAAAACAAGGAGAAAUAUGAAGAACAUGUCUCUCAGCACAGGCAGGUAUGUUUUAAUAGUUGGGUAGAUUUUUCUCUCUUUUGGUUGGCAAUUAAUUAAUAGCAUGAUUUCUUGAGUUCAUUAGUUACCUAGCUUAGCGCUUCUUCAGUUAUGCUGUCAUGGGAUCAUGGAAUGCUGACAUGGAUUGUCUCAUGCAGCUAGGAUUGUUUCAUUCAACUGCAUGCAAUGUCAAAAUUUCCUAGGUGUAAAUCAUUCAAAUUGUAUAGGGCUGGGAAUACCCCUGUCUGUAACCGUGGAAAGUGAAGACAAUGCUAAACUAGUCAGUGGCCUGGCUCAAUAUAAAGCUGCUGUCUGUGUUCCUGAAAGGGUUUAAAGGUGGAAGGAACUUUCAGGUUUCUCUGAAAUAUACUAAAAUUAUUCUAAUACUCAGUUGCUAGUUAUAUGGUUGCAAGGUAUCAUUUGAAAAUCUAGAGGGAACACUAGGGUUCAGUUUAUCCUAAAAUAGUCAGAACUCAGAAUAAAUGUCUUCCUCUGUGUUGCAUAGCCUUAAACAGGUCUAGGGUAAAGCAGCUGUGUCCCUCGCAGGGGUAAUAAAGGCCCUUGGUAAAAUAAGAAACAAUAGGCCAGUGGCAUCAACAGCUAAGGAAGCAGAUAAGGGAAAGGCAGAGGAAGAAAAAUAAAAGUGAGAGGAGAACAAAAACAGGAGGUUCAGCCGCAACUGCAGCUUGUCAUUAUUGUUGAUCCCUUUGCUAAUUGGGCAUGCAAACACAACCCAGUUCUAAAAGUGGUUGCUACUUUUCUUUCUUUCAGUGUACGGAAGAUGGCUGCACUUUUAGUGCACAUGAAAAAUUGGUUCAGAUUCACUGGAAAAAUGUAGGUAUUUCCCUAGUUCAGCUUGAAAUCUGAUUUUAAAUGAAUUGUAGAAUUGUUGAACUGCAAGGAAAAGGAAACUAUUCUUUUCCAUUUUGAACUAUAAAAUCAAUGCUGCUUUGUUAAAUUAGACAGUUGUGGUGAGGAGCAGGCCCUUUAUGCUAAUUGGAAUGAUCCUCCCAUCUACAGUUUUCACUCUGUUUAGCCCUUGGAUCAGCUGGUUGGUCUUGUUUGUUCUUAGUAAUGCUGUUUUUCAGGGGUUGUGCUGUUGAAUUUGGAUUUAUUUUCAUCACUGUUUGUCCCCUUUUUUCUGUUUAGUCUUUCAUUAAAAACAUAGUUUUUAAAAGACUAUAAACACCCGUAAUUCACAAUGUUCCCCCCCCUUCCCCCUCCGCAGAUGCAUUCGCCUGGUGCCAAACAAAUCAAGUUAGAUACUCCGGAUGAAAUUGCUAAAUGGAGGGAGGAUAGAAGAAAGUGAGUAGAUGUUUAAUUUGCGUGGCUCCAGAUGAGACUGAAAAUGAUUCCCCUCCAAAAAAAAUCUUACAACUUUCUCUUAUUCCUCCCUUUCACCUUCUUUGUCAUGGCUGCUGCUGAGCAGUGCUCUGUUCUUCCAUCUUAGUUUAGAACGUAUUAUUGACUCCAUCCAUUUGAUAGUGAGCUAUAAAGCUCUGCAAGGCAUAACAGAGCUGUGUUCCUUCCUCUCUUGGCUUGGUUGUGCAGGCAUCUUUCGAGGUUAGGAAUGGGAGGCCUGUGCCCACUCCUGUAUUGCUGUCCACCUUUCCCAAAUUUCUUGACUUCCUCAAGGGGCUCUCUUAUAACCCGUGUGAAUCCCUCCACACACAUUUGCUAUGUUUACAGUAGGACUGGCUCAAGCUCUCUCUAUAUUUUACUUCAUAGCACAGAUCCCAAAGUGAUGUAGAAUAAUAAAUUAAAAAUUGUAGGAGCAAGGCUGGGAGUAAGCUGUUUGUUACCUCUAUUUAUUUGAGCAGAGGAUAAUUUCCCAAAGGAAAUAAAAUAUUUAAAUAUUAACGAAUUAAUUGAGGGAGGAACUGCAUGGGCGUGCAUGUGGGGGGAAAACAGCUCCCACAUGAAAGGGAACGGUUAUUGAAAUGCCUGGUUGUCACAGAGAGAGACAAAUAAAGUGACUUGAAGGUGAGGCAGUAGCCAAAUGUGAUCAGUAUUAAAAGUAGUGCUUUUUUUAGUGUUCCUGGGAAUCUGAAUGUAUCAAGGGCAUCGAUGGAGAUCCUACCUGGUGAACCCACAGUGAGAGCUAUUCCAUUUCUGCCACGCAAAAACUUGCUAGUAAAGUGGCUUGCGUGCUCGUUUUUUGUGAAAACUCUUCGGGUAUUAAAACAACACCAUCUUUACUGCCAAGUUCCCCACAAUUCACACAUCAUGAAUAGUUUUCAGGUUACGAGUUUUGAGAACUCUAUAGGCUCUUAACUAAGAGGCAACCAAUCAGUGUAGCUCAGAUAACCAGAAAAAUGUAGGGAGCACCAACUGAAUUGGCUGUUAUAACUUCAGGUCGCAAAGGCAGCUAGAAAUGUGUGAAUGGGUCACUAAGCUCCCUUACUAGCAUAACACCUGCAUCCAGUAUUGGGGAGCAAAGAGAGCAACCUCUUCCAUUACUCAUUAUUGCAGUCAGAUUUCUAUGGAGAUACACUAGAGUGAAAAAUAGUUUGGGGAAAACUCUUGGGUUCAGAAACCCAACAAGCCAGAUGGUAAGCUAUGCAGAAGCAACCUAUCCAUACUAUAUCAGUUUAGGGUCAGAAAAUUUGUGCUGAAAUCAGCACACAGGUGGCACAUACCCUGUUGAAAAGGUACUACAUAAUGAUGAAAUGCCGCAAAAAUGCUAAAGGGAGUGUAGGGCAAGGGAAACUUUUUUCCGAUUUAUGGUGUCCUGGUGUGCAUUAAUGCUGGCUGGAUUUGCAUGGAAUUAUUUCAGAAGCAAGGGAUUGUACCAGAAUAUUGCUGUCCGUUGUGGAUCCUAAACAAAUUCCUCCAGAAGAAAAUUAGCUUCAAGGAUGCUAGCAAUAGUCUGUGACUAAGCACAGGAAAGCAAGGGUGAGCUACUCCAUACAGGACUGUGAAAUAUAGUGUACCAUAGGCAUAUAACUAGGAGGCUAAUAACACAUGAUAGUAUCAUAAAAAUUUGGUAUUCCUGUAUAUCUUUCAUAUGUUACAGUUCUCUGCAGGCAGAGCAGGUGCUGUGAUUCUCCAGCACUUUGACUUUCCCUUUUUAGCCAGCGGGGUAUAAAUAAUAAAAUUAUUUUUAUUAUUAUUACUUUGAGGCACACUCCUUCGUCUUUCGAGAUAGAUGGAUACUGACAACCAAAUUAAGGUGUGCAAGUGAAUGGACCAGCAGUUAUACUGAGAAAUAUUUGCUGUAUCGCAUGUGAUGCAUGUGGUUUUCUACAACGGGUUGAGAACAAGGAAUGCCAUUGUAUUUAUUGUAAAAAGAAUUGCAGUAAAAUUAUAUGUAAAAUAACAACCGCAGAACAACUUAUGAUGCAGGUGCUACAAAACCACGCUCUGGCCACAGGCAGGGAGACAUCCCAGGCCCUACAACAGUUGAAAACAGCAGCUAGCCAGCCCCAGCUUUCUCCAGGCAGGAGAAAGGGGUGUCUGUGGCACUAAUAGUAAUAGCAGUAAUAGCAUAUCUGUUGUGUGCUGGGCUCUUACGGGUGUCAGGGCCUGGAGGAGUCGCACUCCCAUUCUUCCGCUCCCUAGGUGAUGGCCUAGGCUAGGAACACACCAGCCUUUAGCCAUGGAAGACAAGUGAUUUGCCUGCCAGCCCACAGUGUUGAAAGCACUGGAUCUUCCCAGCCCCCAAUUCUUGCUAGGAAUGUUGCAAUUAAGGCUUGCAAAACACUUCAGUGCCAUAGAUGUAUUAAUAAGACUUCAUAUGUACGUUACUCUAGAAAUUUUCCUACUUUGGCAAAUAUUGAAAAGAAGAAAGCAAUGGAGGUGGAAAAGGAGCAAAGAGGAGGAAUACUGAAAACACUUCAAUUUGGGUAAGAGAGUGUGUGUGUGUGUGUGUGUGUGUGUGUGUGUGUGUGUGUAUCUAUAUAUAGCUAUAGAUAUAUAUCUAUAUGUUGUUGGUACCAUCAAAGAUGGGCUAUUUCUCUUUCCUUAUCAUUUAUUAAAGAUUAAUUCAUUUUCUCUAAUAUGUUCAGAAGAGUGUAGAUGAGAUUUCCAGAAAGUCUGCACCCAGGAAUUAGUCCAGUCCCAGCCUGGUACAUAUCUAAUUAUAUUGAGCACUUUCAAUUCAAUCUCUGGUCUAGAUGUGUGCAGUGACCAAGCUUGCCUAAGUGUGGGAUUAGCCAUCGCCACCGGCAUUUGUGCAAUUGCUAAGUUUAUACCAGCAGACCUAUAAAAUUAGGCUUCUACUGAUUUUAUCACAAGGCAUAGCAGCUUAUCUUUCCUUCCCUCCUCGUUCCUCGGCAGUUGUUAGUAGCAGCUCCCACAUGAUUGUCCCUCCAUCCUUCUCCCAUGGUUCUUCUGCAAAUACAACCUUCACGUUCCAGUCACUUGCUCAGCCCUUCUGACAUCCAUUUCAAUUUUCAUUCUACAACCUCUCUGACAGUAUGGUAAAGGUAAAGGUGACCCCUGACCAUUAGGUCCAGUCAUGGCCGACUCUGGGGUUGCGGCGCUCAUCUUGCUUUACUGGCCGAGGGAGCCGGCGUACAGCUUCCAGGUCAUGUGGCCAGCAUGACUAAGCUGCUUCUGGUGAACCAGAGCAGCGCAUGGAAACACCGUUUACCUUCCCGCUGGAGUGGUACCUAUUUAUCUACUUGCACUUUGACGUGCUUUCGAACUGCUAGGUUGGCAGAAGCAGGGACCGAGCAAUGGGAGCUCACCCUGUCGCGGGGAUUCAAACCGCCAACCUUCUGAUCGGCAAGUCCUACGCUCUGUGGUUUAACCCACAGCGCCACCCGCGUCCCCAGUAUGGUAGCCAUCUUCAAAUACCUGAAGGGAUGUCCCAUGGAAGAUGGAGCAAGCUUGUUUUCUGCUGCUCUAGAGCAUGGGUAGGCAAACUAAGGCCCCGGGGCCGGAUCCGGCCCAAUCGCCUUCUAAAUCCGGCCCACGGACGGUCCAGGAAUCAGUGUGUUUUUACAUGAGUAGAAUGUGCACUUUUAUUUAAAAUGCAUCUCUGGGUUAUUUGUGGGGCAUAGAAAUUCGUUCAUUUUUUCUUUUUCAAAAUAUAGUCCGACCCCCCCCCCACAAGGUCUGAGGGACAGUGGACCGUCCCACAGCUGCAAAAGGUUGCUGACCCCCUGCUCUAGAGAGUGGGAACUGAACCAAUAGAUCCAAAUUGCAAGAAAGAGAUCCACUGAUGAAGGGUGGUGCAUAAAUAAAUAAGAAAAGGAGAUUUCGCCUAAAUUUUAGGAAGAUCGUCUGACAGUAAGAGCUGUUUGACAGUGGAACAGAUUUCCUCAGAAGCUGUUGGGCUUUCCUUCCUUGGAGGUUUUUUACACAGGAUGAAUAGUCGUCUUUGAGGAAUUCUUUAGUUGUGAUUCCUGCAUUGCAGGGAGUUGGACUGUAUGAACUUUGAGAUCCUUUCCAACUCUAAAAUUCUAUAACAGCAAGGCACUUGGUCCAGAUUGUAAAAAGACUGGGGGAAAGCUACCCUGAUUCUCUCGAUACCCAACACAGUGUUUCCCAAACUUUUGAUACCUAGGUAAUGCUGAGGUAUAAAUGAAUGAUAUGGGAAUCACCCGUAUAUAAGAAUAUAUGUGGGGAACAGCAUCUGUGUCAUGGCUGAGACAGGAAAUGACCUGGAACAAACAUUUAUGCAUUUUUCUCUUCCAGCAAGAUGAAAGGAAUGUGGAAACCUCCUCAAGCUGUGGCUUCUCGGCAACGAGGAAAAGAAAGAAGGCAGACAAAUGGCUGCUGGAACAAAUCUAAUCAUCCCUUGAAGGCUCCCGCUGCAGCUGUGACUGGUCCAAAUAACCAUGGGACCGAGAAGGAAUUUGGAAAAGAGCUUUCUGGAGAAGCAGAUACCUCUAUGAGAGAUGUAGAUCCCCUUAGCAUUCUGGCCAGAAACGAUCCUGGUGAGGCAUUUCCCUGAGUUUUGUUUCUUCACGCAAUUAAAUGUUCAACAGAAAGCAGUAAGAGAACUGCCCUUAGACAAAUGUAGGUGUGAGGGUUGUGGAGAAGUGACUCCACGCCCCCCCCCCCAAACCUGCCAAGUGAAUAACUUGUUUUUGUUGAGGGACUUCGCUAAACAGAAGUCAAGCCCAGUUUCCCUCAGCCAGCAUAAGGCCCCUACUGCCCUCCUCAGGGUUGUAAUUAGUCAAAUUAGUGAGUUGGCCCUGGUGCUACUGAUGAUCAUGGAGAGAUAAAUAAGGUUUAUUUACAUACCCCCUUUUUUGCAAUAACUGCACUCAGUGGGUUUACCCAAUCCACUGGUUCCCCAAAACUGCUCCGAGCAGGAUUCUGGAGCAGUUGCCACCACUUGUGAAGUUUUUAGGGUUGAUAUUAGCCUUUUUCAACUUGCCAGUUCCCUGGCCACUAGCCAGGAGGAUCCUGAAGAGGUUUUUAGUAAGUUCUGUUUUAUCUGCUCCUCUAAAGCACACAGGAAGAAGAGAGGGCCAUGCAGGACUGGUUCAUCUCUGACUCUGGAUGCAGAAAAGGCCUAACUUUGGCAGAGACCACUAGAGGGUGGCUUCAUGGGCCGGAUUGGGGCCUCAGAUUUGCAUCUGGUUGCUCAUUGCCAAUCACUUUUGUUGUUGGCUUUUCUGUCUCCAGUACUGAGCUUAAAGCUGAAGUAUUUGGGGCCAAAGCCCAUUCUGCUAAGUCUUCCUUCAGGUAAAUAGUCCACGUUCUCUAGGGGAUGCCACUUCCAGAGAGCUUCUCAUCUGUUUACACAGAUACCACCCAUGGGGGUAAAAGGAAUCUCUCUUGGUGUUGCGUAAUUGUUCAAAUCUCCUGCCAACCUAGCAGUUUGAAAGCACGACAAAGUACAAGUAGAUAAAGAGGUACUGCUCCGGCGGGAAGGUAAACGGCGUUUCCGUGCGCUGCUCUGGUUUGCCAGAAGCGGCUUAGUCAUGCUGGCCACAUGACCCGGAAGCUGUACGCCGGCUCCCUAGGCCAAUAAAGCGAGAUGAGCGCCACAACCCCAGAGUCAGCCACGACUGGACCUAAUGGUCAGGGGUCUCUUUACCUUUAAUUGUUCAAAUAUUUUUGUCUCACAACUGAAGAGCAGUAUUUUACCAUUUAGUUACUCUUUAUCAGAGUGUGAUUUAUUGCUGGAAAAAACUAGGUAUAUAUGAGGUGCUGACAGCACACAGGUUUGCUCAUCCCCAGCACUACUGAAAACAUCUGCAGCCAAAACUAUGCUGAGCAUUACAGUCGGUCAUCUGCUUGCAUUGAAUAAAUGUAUUUAAUUUGCAUGUUUAAUUUAGAAUUGGCUGUAUCAAGUUUUUCAGAACCCUUUAUUGUUGCAGUGUGGAUGGGUACACAUCUGUGAAUAGGGCAGAAAGUUUCUGUGGUGGACGUGAGGGAGUAGCUAUACGGGGCACAGAGGGUCAGUUCGGUGAAGCCUGGAGCUGGCUGUAGGCCCUGCUGACAGAUAAUGAUGCGGUUUUUCUGCCUCCUUCCAGAUUCAGACAAAGAGGGGUGCACUGAGAAAAAUGCAGCUUUGGCGAUGACUGUUGUUCCAAAGCAGGUGACCUCAGCUCUGAGCUCACUAGUGGCCAACUAUGGCAGCAUGUCGGAAAGUGAGAGUGAACAAGAGGGUAAGCUGUUUAAUUUAAGCUAAGCUGAACUAUGUAUAUACAGUUAGCAGUAAAGGUGCAGUUAUGGAAUAUGUGGCUCGUUAGUGAUGCCCUGCUAUUUAUAGGGCUGGUAGGUGACUAAAUGAACAGAGGCUAUUGCAUUAAUGCUCUAAAUCAGGGUUUCCCAAACUUGGGUCUCCAGCUGACUUUGGACCACAACUCCCAUCAUCCCUAGCUAGCAGGACCAGUGGUCGAGGAUUAUUGGGGUUGUAUUCCAAAAGCAGCUGGAGACCCAAGUUUGGGAAACCCUUUUCUUAAAUCAUAAGUGUGCUGUGGUUUAAGUGAUACAGACAUACUAUUUGUGCACAGUGCUCUUAACAUUCCAUAUCAUUUCUUAAGUAAUUUCAGUUUGAAUCUGUCUUGUGCAGUAAUCAGUUGCCUGACCCAAUCAGUGCUUUCAGCACUACUUAUUUUACCGCUUGUUCUUUUUUAAAAAUAGAACCAAUCAAGACCGCAGCAAAAGUGUUUCAUGAAAACAAGACAUCUCUCAGAAGUGUCCCUCCACUUUCAAGCAUCUCCCAGAGCUUUAAAGACACAGGCCAUAAAGAAGCUGCUAAUUAUGUAGACGCAGCACCGGGGAGGCCGGAUUCACAUGCAGUACAUUCCAGGAGUCUGAACAGACAGAGGAAAUCACUUUCUGAAUUACCACGCCGUCAUCCAACUCUGCUGGAAAUGGUAAAUUGCCCUUCCAGUAUUUUCUGCUUAGUAAAUAGAAUAUUGUGGGUUCAUGAUUGUAGGCUGGUGCUUUCAAGAGGUUAGGUAGCCUUGUCAGGUACUGCAGGCUUAGACAAGGCAAAAUAAAGUGCUGCUUGAUCACCUGUUGUGUUUGUUCCAAAACAGUGAAAAAGAUAUGCAUGGAGAUCUUCUCUUCUGCUGGCAAUGCCAAACAAGCUUCCCAAUACCUUCUAUCCAUCAUAUCCUAAAUCCAUCUAAACUUAAUAUGUGAGAAAAAAUUGGCUUGCCAUUAAAUGAGAAGUGCAGUUAGGCUAUCUAAGAGAUGGAAUAAGACAAUUGAAUUAAUACUGGAGGAAGAAGCAGACAGGUCACUGGGUUAGUCUGUUGCAUCAAAAACAAAGAGUCCUGUAACCCUUUAAAGACAAAUAACUAAAAAACAUCAGUAUGUUAAAAUAUUUACUGCUUUAAGCAUAGAUUCGUCAUUUGUAGGGUCCUUGAAUGUGAGGACAUGGAUAUAUUUCUUCCCAUUGUGUUCUCUGUCAGUUGCAACCAUGUGUCCAUAGUGAGUUCCGUACUAAUUCUGGCCACACAGUUUAUCCCCUUCAGUUAAGCAUUAGCUGACCAAAGCCAUCUCCACUUGUUACAGGAGAGUGAGUAAACAAAGGUCUGAGUUGGUAACUGUCAUAUUCAAUAGUAGUUGGUGAAUGUUCUUUCAUUGUGAAAUUAUGUUCUUUUAAUUUAAGAUUUUAUUGACUUAUACAAAAAAAAGUACAAUUAGGGGAUGUAUAUCAAAGAAUAUUUGUUUUGUCACAUUAUAGCACUCAAUUACUAUUAACAGUGGAAUGAGAUCAAUAGAGUAUUAUUUUUUUUCUAAAUCAGUUAUGAGGUCCACAUUUCAUUCAUUGUUACAGGCAAAGAACUUUGCAAAUCAUUUGCAGUAACAUCAGGGAUAAAUUCCUGGUGUAGGAAUGUUCUGGGUUAUGUGUUAUUUUCUCAGUGCUCCAGAUUCCAGGUAUUAUUGUACCUAAAAGGAAAUUGUAAAUCAUAAUUGCAGCAUCAUUUGAAUAGCAGUCUCAAUAAUCCUAGCCAUCUCCUAAUAUACCUCAGUCCAAAAAUUUUGAACAAAUGGACACUCCCGCCAUAAAUGGAUGUAUGUCACCCUGGCACCAAAUCUGUGCCAGCAAUCAAAUGCCAACCCUGAAGUCAUGUGAGAUAAUUGUACUGGUGUGCAGUGUUGCUUGUGUAAUAUCUUCACAUAGGUAAACACCAGUUUGUAUGGUUUAGAUAGAAGACGUAAGUUUUUCCAUUAAUUUCAUUCGUAUCAAUGCCUAUAUCACGCUCCCAUAGAGUUUAAGGCCUGCAAGAACUCAAUUAUAUCAUUGUGGUAUUAUCUGAAUACUGGUUUCUGUAUUUCAGGAAGGUUCAGCAGUCGGCUUCAAUAAUAAAAAGUUAUAUACUAGUUAAGCAGGCUAAACCAAAAAAGAAAACACUGAAGCUGAAAGCAUCUCUCUCCUUUUCUGUACACCCUGUGUCCAAUGCUUGAGCACCGCACCUCUUUUUCUGCAAGGAGGGUUGCCUUCUCAGUGUUUCUUCUGCUCAGUGUUUUUCUUUGGUUUCUUCGCAGUGUUUUUAUUGGUUUGUUGCAGGGUGGGGCGUAUUCUGAGCAUUGGCAGUUUUUAUUCUAUGUAUUUAUUGCGUCUAUAUUUCACCUUUUCCUCCAAGAAGCUCAAAGGGUGCACAUGGUUAUCCAAUUCCCUGAUUUAUUCUCACAACAACCUCACAAUGGCGAGGUAGAUUAGGCUAAGAGAUGGUGACCCAGUGAGCUUCAUGGCUGGGUGGGGAUUAGAACUCUGGUCUCCCCGGUCAUAAUCCAGCACUAACCACUACAUCAGGGUAGGCACCCUAACGCCCGGGGGCUGGAUGCGGCCCAAAGGCCUUCUCAGUCCGGCCCGCGGACGGUCCGGGAAUCAUUGUGUUUUUACAUGAGUAGAAUGUGUCCUUUUAUUUAAAAUGCAUCUCUAGGUUAUUUGUGGGGCCUGCCUGGUGUUUUUACAUAAUUAGAACAUGUGCUUUUAUUUAAAAUGCAUCUCUGGGUUAUUUGUGGGGCAUAGGAAUUUGUUCUUUUUUUCCCCCUUCAAAAUAUAGUCCGGCCCACCACAUGUUCUGAGGGACAGUGGACCGGCCCACAGCUGAAAAAGGUUGCUGACCCCUGGACUACACCAGACCUCAUAUUACAUGGUGCCCAUCACAUUUCCUUAGCUUUCAUGUGUACCUCUGAGUGGGAUGCAGGUGGCGCUGUGGUCUAAACCACUGAGCUUCUUGGGCUUGCUGGUCAGAGGGUUGGAGGUUCAAAUCCCCAACGGUGAGCUCCCGUUGCUCUGUCCUAGCAGUUCGAAAGCACACCAGUUCAAGUAGAUAAAUAGGUAACGCUGUGGCAGGAAGGUAAACAGCGUUUCGGUGCGCUUUGGUUUCAGUCACUGUGUUCCGUUGUUCCAGAAGCAGUUUAGUCCUGCUGGCCACGACUCGGAAAGCUGUCUGUGGACAAAUGCCGGCUCCCUUGCCCUGAAAGCGAGAUGAGCGCCACAACCCCAUAGUUGCCUUUGACUGGAUUUAACCAUCCAGGAGUCCUUUACCUUUAUCUUUGAGCCCAAAAGGUUUGGGGGGCCCUCACAUAUCCUAAAAUAGAAAGAUGCCUUCUAUGGCUGAGAUGGUUCAGUUGGUAGAGCAUAAGACUCUUAAGCUCAAGGUCAUGGGUUCAAGCGCAUUGGGGAAAAAUUCCUGCAUUGCAGGGGGUUUGACUAGAUGACCCUUGUGGUCCCAUCCAGCUCUGCAGUUAUAUUAUAUCCAUUUUUAUAAGUUUACUUGUGUUGCUUUGGGCUAAGGAAAACCAGCUAUAGGGCCUGUUUCAGUGUCUGGCCUGCAGUGGGUGCAGAAGUGAGAAUAUUUGCCACGUUAGGUAUUCCCCAGUUUCAGUUUGGACCUUGCAGUGGCUGCAAAGCAAAUAAAUAUUUUAAAUAAAUACGUGUCCCUCUUCAUGGGGGUGACUUCCUUAGGAAGAUGCUAUCUUACUGGGAUGGUUCUUGAGCUCCAAAGUCAUUAUAAAACUCCAUUAGUUUUAUAAUAUUUUCGCAAGCAGGUAAAUUAUUUCUCUAGUUCAUCACAGUUUCAUAGUUGAGUCUCAAGUCCCACAAUAAAUGGGGGGGGGGGGCAUCCGAUCAUAGUGAUUAAUCCAUAGUUCCAGUUUUUAUAAAAUGUCUGAGGUAUAUCCUUCUGCCUGGAUUUUAGCAGAGACAAGAAACCAAAUAUAUAUUGGAAACCCAUUUGCUGAUUACUCCAUAAUUGUAUCGCUGUGUAAGCAGUUCUGUUUGCAUAGAAUGUUUGUAGGAAUAUGCCUCAUUCUCUCUUUCUCCUUCUAGCUAUUAGCAAAGGACAUACGGCAUGAAAGGAAUGUGAUUCUGCAGUGCAUUCGCUAUAUUCUCCAAAAUGAUAUCUUUGGACUCUACUCACAGACUGAUUCAAGAGCAUGCAUGGAGACUGGACAGACUUCUCAAGAUACGAAAGGCAGGCAAACUGAAUCUAACAUCUCUCAUAGUUUUGACAAUAAAUUAGCAGAGCAGAAUGAAUUACUUGUAGGUCAAAGUAAAGAGGCAUCUGUAUCCUGCACAGCACAAACUUACGCUGUUGAUGAGGAGAUUUGGGAAACCACAGAAAUACACUGUAAAGAAAACGAACUUGAUAGUUCUGCAUAACCAGACCUAUUUCGGGAUUCUUUCUGAAAGUCAGCAAAUUAUAUAGGAGCUCAAAAUAUUUUGACAGAACUAAAUCAGCCCUUCUAAUGUAAACCUGCAUCGACAUCCAUCCUGUUACUAUUUUGAUCUUGUAGAUUUUUACCCCUUGAGGGUUUUAUUUUUAUGCCUGAGGAGUUUAAAUGGACAUUAACCGCAUUAAAUCAAUAUUCAUGUGAUUUCUAUUAUAGACAUGACAGCAACAUUCAUUGUUGUUGCCCUAUGGUCUCAGGCACUUUUCUCCCUCCACAAAGUGUAACAGCCAUGGAGACAGAUUGUGGGAAGGGAAGGCAGGAAGAGGGUUUGGCUUUCCUCCCCUCUGUGCUCUUUCGAUGUUAAUAUUAGACAUGCCCCCAUCUCAUCCUCCCAUUUUAUACAUGAACGUGAUACUCAUGAAAUGUGGCUGCCACUAUUGUGCCCAAUGUGGCCCCUAGAGUAUCUUAAUUUCUGAAGUAUCAGAAAGAUGGAACAUUAAAAAUUAGCCUUGCAAAUAUUUAUCCAAACUUAACACUAGUUUCGUUGUCUUGAGCAGCAGACUGAAGGACACGUUAUCUCCCUACCUGCCUCUGACCAGUUUGGAUUGUUUUAUUUUUAUUACAGUUGUCCCCAGCAAUGUGGUACAAUUUGAAAAAGCUUUAUAUUUUUAAUUAUUAGUGGAGCAAUAUGCAUCAAGUUGCUUGGAUUAAAAGUAUGUUUUUUACAAAAAUAUGUACUGUAUUCCUUCCCACGCUCCCACUUUUGUCCUACAAAUGUAAUACAUUAACACUUAAUAAACUGUUGGUGCGGAAAUUGACCACUUGGUAUUGGAAAAGCAGACACUUUAUAUUGGAUUUUAAAUAAUACAUUGAAAUUGUGUGCAAUGGCAGUGACUCACUCUCUAUUUGUCCUAGUUUGAUUUGGAAAUUUGGUUUUCCUUUCGGUUAAGGCAGUCCAUGAUACAGUAGAGCCACUACGAGGCGUUGGGAUGGCAUAGUGAAAAACGCUGGGUUAUUUUUGACAUGUGAAUUAAUGUGGAAGAAAGGUGUACUCUCAAAAAGAAGUGGAAGUAAUUCUCCAUUGCACUGCAAAAUUAGUCUAAAAGUAGCAGGAAUAAACUUAGAAAUUGUGCACAUUUCCACUGCAUUUCUUUAAAAUCUUUAUCCAGAUGGUUCAUCGUCAGCAGUGCUACAGGAACCAAGAGGAUCAAAAAUUAAGAAGACUAGCAGGCCAAAGGUCUGCUGAAAUAAAAUGACUAGCCCACAAACAUGCAUUUCUCAUUCACACAUACUCGUGGGUGCCAAAAAGAUUUUCUGGCCCCAGCACACUGCUUAUGAAUUUGACCUCCUGACACACAAAGAAAAGAUCUAUAGAAAAGUUACAUAUGUUUUGUGGCAUAUGCAUAUUUGUGUCCAGGUGGGAAUGGAGGGUGCAAAAAUAAAUCAGGGACUGCACAUGUAAUAAAAUGUCUGCAGACAAUGUG